CAUAGUGCCGACGUGGCGAACGGAGAAGAAAAGGACCUUGAGAGACUAAUUAUUGUUCAUUUAAUUUUAGCUAUUUCUCGGUUGACUUGUUCGUAAAAUGAAUAUAUUUCGGCUCGUUGGAGACUUGUCCCAUCUUCUUGCUAUACUUUUACUUCUCUGGAAAAUAUGGAAAACACGCUCCUGUGCUGGGAUCUCAGGCAAAAGUCAAUUUCUUUUUGCUUUGGUGUUUACAACACGAUACCUGGAUCUUUUUAUGACAUUCAUAUCUUUAUAUAACUCUGUGAUGAAGUGCAUAUUCAUCGUGUGCUCAUACGCCACCGUUUACUUGAUUUUUUUCAAGUUUAAAGCGACUUAUGAUUCGAAUCAUGACUCAUUCCGAGUGGAGUUCAUUAUUGUCCCUGUGGCAGGUCUGGCUGUUCUUGUCAACCAUUCAUUGACAGUUGUUGAGGUUUUGUGGACAUUUUCCAUUUACUUGGAAUCUUUGGCCAUUCUCCCACAACUUUUCAUGAUUUCAAAGACAGGGGAAGCUGAGACCAUCACCAGUCAUUAUCUCUUUGCUCUUGGUUCAUAUCGAGCCCUGUACCUUGCGAACUGGAUCCUCCGCUAUGCCACCGAAGGAUUUUAUGAUCUCAUUGCUGUGGUUGCUGGUUGUGUGCAGACGAUCCUUUAUUGUGAUUUCUUUUAUCUUUAUAUUACCAAAGUUUUGAAAGGAAAAUCUUUGAAAUUACCUGCGUAAAGAACUGUGAGAAAACAAAGUUUAUUAGAAGAUAAUCAAAAGACAUUUAAGAUGAAUACAAAACGUUGAUGGCAUGAGUAAUAUGUGAAACAAAUGCCAAUUAUUGCUCCCCCAGGUUUUAUUUUCUGUCGUAGAACUUGUUUUUUGCUUCAAGUAAAUGUCAAUUUGGGAUUGUUAAGCACAUGCAACAUGUAUGAGAAAGCUUUUAUAUGUCAUUUUUGCAUUUCUUUGUCUUUCGUGUCUUUCUAAUCACUUUGGUGGUCAAGUACAACCAGAAAAAUGUUGGUGAAAUUUAGAAGUAGUGUAUUUUUGUUCGGCUGAGCUUAUUCUUGUAAAAAAUUUGCAAGCUGUACAUUUCUUUUUAAGAUCAACAGUUAGUUGUUCA